AUGCAGGUCUUACAGCUGCAACAGCCAUCCUGCGGGCAUCAAAUCAAAGCCCCAUGUUCCGUGGUGGAGCAGGAGGAUAAAAUGAAGGUGAGUGAUCCCCUCCCAGCCCCCUCCCAGCCCAUUGUCUUCAAGGAAGCCCUGCAUAAGAACCAGGACCGCUUCAAUCUUACCACUGGAGUGUUCACCUGCACUGUCCCAGGCGUGUACCACUUUGGCUUUGACAUUGAGCUGUUCCAGCAUGCUAUGAAGUUAGGGCUCAUGAAGAGUGGCACCCAAGUCCUGGAGAAGGAAGCCCAGGCCAAGGACAAUUAUAGGCAUGUUUCUGGAAAUGUCAUCUUGCAGCUGACGAUGGGAGACAGAGUCUGGCUGGAAUCCAAGCUAGACACAGCAGAGAGUGAGAAAGGACUGAUUGAAAGUAUGUUCUUUGGGUAUUUGCUCUAUGGAAAUUAUACUGGCUAA